UCCUAGUCUAAACCAUUGCUACUGAAAUAUCCCCGGCUGUGCUGCAAACCUGCAACUUGAACUGGAAGAUCGUUUUAGUGAAUCAUACAUAGCAGAUUCAUCCCUGACCAUGCUAAGGUCGACAUAUACCCCUCCUCCUCCACUACCUCCAGGCUGGACCGAACAUAAAGCUCCUACAGGUCAUACUUACUAUUACAAUGCGCAAACCAAGCAAUCUACGUACACCAGGCCUCUACCAGUUCCGACACAGCCCCAACCACCAACGAUAACGCCGCAACCCACAUUCAACACGAACAUUGACACACUGCCCCCAUUUUCGUCGACUCCCUAUGCGCCCCAUGGAUUCGGACUUACUGUGCCUGCAUUCACUGCGACACCCCAUCAUGGACAUUCGCAAGAAGGUCAGGGUCCCGGAAACUUUCGUGGCGGAAGGAACAACUACGAUCGUCGACGUCGCGGACCAGAAGACAGGCCUAAGAAGAAGCACGCUCUGCCGGGAUGCGCACCGUGGGUGCUCGUGAAGACAAAACUGGGAAGACGAUUUGUUCAUAAUCCGGAAACAAACGAGAGCUUCUGGAAGAUCCCUCCCGAGGUACUGAAGGGUGUCCUUGAAUUCGAUCGUUUGGAGAAAGAAGCUGAGGAGAAGAAAGCCCGGGGUGAAGAUACUCAGAAUGAUGAAGAAUCGAAACACGAAGAAGGGCCUUUGGCGGACAAUCAAGAAGCUGGGGAGUCGGCAAGCGGUCCCGCGGGUCACGCCGAGGAGUACAGCGACGAGUAUGAGGAGGUGGAGGUUACAGACAGCGAGGACGAAGACCAACCAUUUAAGCGACCGAAAACCGACGAAGACGAAGGCCAGCCACAGCCCAUGGAAUUCACCGAAGAAGACAUGGAGUACCAGCUGGAAGCGAUGGGAGAAGACUACGGUCUUGACCCCGGCGAAUAUGGUGAACCAGGCGAUGAAGAGUGGGAGGAGGGCGCUGAAGGGUUGGAGCUUACAGAGGAAGAUGCCACGGCUCUGUUCCGCGACCUCCUAGAUGACUUUCACAUCAACCCCUUCACAACCUGGGAGAAGAUCAUUGAGGAAGGCCACAUCAUCAAUGACAGUCGCUACACUGUGCUCACGAACAUGAGAACGCGCCGCGAGGUGUGGUCGAACUGGAGUCGUGAUCGGAUACAAGAACUCAAGGAGCGCAAGCAAAAGCAAGAGAAGAAAGACCCGCGCAUCAAAUACUUGUCAUUCCUGCAAGAACACGCGACGCCAAAACUAUACUGGCCGGAGUUCAAACGGAAAUACAGGAAGGAGCCAGAGAUGAAAGAGCCACAGCUGUCGGACAAAGACCGGGAGAAGUUCUACCGCGAUCUGGUAUCUCGAAUGAAACAACCCGAAAGCAGCCGGAAGUCCGACCUUUCAGCUCUGCUCAGAUCUGUGCCACUGCACGAACUGAAUCAAUCAUCCAAUCUCGAAGCGCUCCCCACAUCUAUCAUUACCGAUCUCAGAUACAUCUCACUUGCCCCUAAAGUGCGCGACCCACUUAUUGAGGCAUACAUCUCGACCUUGCCUCCGGCGCCGCAGGAUAACCUUACUCCUGAGGAGAGAGAAGAGCUGGAGCGGAAAACGGCGGAGCGUGAGAAGCGAGAGAGGGCUAUGGCAGAGCGCGAAAAACAAGUGCAGGAGGAAAAGCGGAAGCAAAAGGGCGAACUCAUUCGUGGCAAGCAUCUGCUUAGAGAAGGGGAGGUUGAGCUCGAGGAAGCUAUGCAUGUCAACAAGGGUGGUUUGCGCAGUUACCUCGAAGCAGACGAGCAAUCGGCGUCCAGACCGCAAGGGGAAAGCGACAUCAGCAAUUCCAAUCUAUAGGGAGCACAUCGAAAACACCCGUUCAUGUAUAGAAAUAUGUCAUGAUUGCAAACGGC